AUGUCAAUUCCUAAGACCCAAAAAGCAGUUAUCUUUGAAACCAAUGGUGGACCAUUGAAGUACGCCGACAUCCAAGUGCCAAAGCCCAAGGCCAAUGAGUUGUUAAUCAACGUCAAGUACUCGGGUGUUUGUCACACCGACUUGCACGCCUGGAAGGGCGACUGGCCAUUGGCCACCAAGUUGCCUUUGGUGGGAGGUCAUGAAGGUGCCGGUGUGGUUGUCGGUAUGGGGGAAAAUGUUGUGGGAUGGGAGAUUGGUGAUUAUGCUGGUAUCAAGUGGUUGAACGGUUCGUGCUUGUCGUGUGAAUUCUGUAACACCUCCAACGAGUCCAAUUGUGCCGAUGCCGACUUGUCAGGAUACACCCAUGAUGGUUCCUUCCAGCAAUAUGCCACUGCUGAUGCAGUUCAAGCUGCCAGAAUCCCCAAGGGAGUCGACUUGGCUCAAGUGGCUCCAAUUUUGUGUGCCGGUAUCACCGUGUACAAAGCCUUGAAGACUGCCAACUUAGCAGCCGGCCAAUGGGUUGCCAUUUCCGGUGCCGGUGGUGGUUUGGGUUCUUUGGCCAUUCAAUACGCCAAGGCCAUGGGCUACAGAGUUUUGGGUAUUGACGGUGGUGAAGAAAAGGGUGAAUUUGUCAAGUCUUUGGGAGCAGAAUACUACGUGGACUUCACCAAAUCCAAGGAUGUGGCAAAGGAAAUCAUUAAGGUCACCAACGGAGGUCCUCACGGGGUUAUAAAUGUGUCUGUAUCUGAAGCUGCCAUUUCUCAAUCUUGUCAGUACGUGAGAAGCUUGGGUACCGUGGUUUUGGUUGGUUUGCCAGCCGGUGCCAAGGUUACUGCUCCAGUGUUUGAAUCGGUCGUGAAGUCCAUUUCCAUCCGGGGUUCUUAUGUUGGUAACAGAGCUGACACUGCUGAAGCCAUUGACUUUUUCACCAGAGGUUUGAUCAAGUGUCCAAUUAAAAUUGCUGGUUUAUCCGAGUUGCCAAAGAUUUACGAAUUGAUGGAACAGGGUAAGAUCAUUGGUAGAUAUGUCGUUGACACCUCCAAGUAG